AUAUCACUUUCGACGUAUCCCUCCAGCACUUGAUUGCAUCGUGGAUUGGCAGCACUAACGACGAGGCUUGGAUCUCUCGUGGAACGAUCGGAUCGCGGGCCGGUGGUACAGAGGCGGUGGGCGCGUUACACCACUGCACAUCACAUCACGCGAGACAUUGCGCGUGCGUCCAUGAGCAGGAACUGCUGGCUUCUGUCUUCACUCACCGCAAUCAAUCUCAGUCGCAGUAGAUCCUGCUUGUAGAGAUCCACGAGGUCAUCGAUCACAUCAUCACACCAGCAUGCCGGCCCAUCGCCUGCGAAUCGACGGCGACUCGUUCCGCGACCCUCACAAUCGCCAGAUCACGCUCCAUGGCAUCAAUAUCGCCGGCGACACCAAACUGCCUGCUCAUCCAGAUGUCCCCUCACACGUCCGCGAACAGUUCUUCGACGGCGACAAGGUGUCCUUCGUAGACCGCCCCUUCCCCAUCUCCCAAGCACAUACCCACUUCUCGCGACUGCGGAGAAUUGGUUACAACACAAUUCGCUACAUCUUCACAUGGGAAGCAUUAGAGCAUGCCGGGCCCGGCAAGUACGAUGAGGACUUUAUACAACACACCAUCAAAGUGCUGCGAAUUGCAAAAGAAUAUGGCUUCUACGUGUUCAUGGAUCCACACCAAGAUGUGUGGUCGAGGUUCACAGGUGGCUCCGGAGCUCCCAUGUGGACGAUAUACGCGUGCGGACUCGAUCCAGAGAAGCUGCGAGCGGGGGAGGCGAGCAUAGUACAGAACACCUGGCCCGACCCCAUCACGUUCCCCAAUAUGACCUGGGCCACGAACUAUUCUCGAUUGGCAGCUCAGACGAUAUUCACCCUCUUUUACAGUGGAAAGGACUUUGCCCCAAAGUGUAUCAUCGAUGGGAAGAACAUUCAGGACUACUUGCAACAACACUUCGUAGGCGCUUGCCAACAUCUGGCGCGAAGGAUACGAGAAGCUGGGGAUCUCGAAGGAGAAGUGGUCAUCGGGUACGAAACGAUCAAUGAGCCCAACAAGGGUUACUUUGGGCAUCCCGAUCUCACUACCAUCCCCGUCGAUCAAAAGUUGAGAAAUUACACGACACCUACAGGAUUCCAAUCGAUGCUCACAGGAUCAGGCAGAGCGGUGGAAGUGGAAGUUUGGGAGUUCGGUGGGUUUGGACCUCACAAGACUGGAAUGCAGUUGAUCGACCCGAAAGGAACAUCUGCAUGGCUGGAUCCUGCCACUUGGGAUGACACCAAAUAUGGUUGGAAACGAGAUCCGGACUGGAAACUGGGUGAAUGUAUAUGGGCCCAGCAUGACGUCUGGGAUCCUUCCAAAGACGAGUUGCUGAAGCCCCAUUACUUCGCCACGCAUCCCAAGACUGGAGAGAAGCUCGACCAAGAAUACUGGACGAAUCACGAAUACAUGGACUUCUACAAACUGUACUCCAAAGCAAUUCGAGAUGUGUGGAGUGAAGCAUUCCUGCUGAUGCAACCCGCGCCUUUUGAGAUUCCUCCGGAGAUCAAAGGCACCCCCGAGGGCGACGACCCGAACAUGAUCUUUGCCUCUCACUUUUACGAUGGUAUCACGCUAAUCACGAAGAAAUGGAACCGCUGGUGGAACAUAGACGUGCUGGGUGUGCUCCGUGGCAGAUACAGUUCUCCCGCAUUUGCCAUACGAAUAGGUGAAACUGCUAUCCGAAAUUGUUUCAAGGACCAAUUGAGCGAAGUGCGAAGAGAGGGCAUCGAGAACAUGGGAAGCCAUCCCUGCUUAUAUACAGAAAUCGGCAUUCCUUACGACAUGGACCAGAAGCAUGCUUAUGAGACUGGCGACUACAGUAGCCAGGCUGCAGCUAUCGAUGCGAACAUGUAUGCCGUAGAAGGCAGCAAAGCGCAAGGCAUGACUUGGUGGUGCUACACCACCGAGAAUAGCCACUACUGGGGCGAUCGAUGGAAUGGAGAAGACCUUUCGAUAUACAGCGCGGACGACAAACCUUUACCGGGACCUGCGUUCAUCAACGACAAUAGCAGCAAGCUAUCAUUAGACCGCAACAGCCCGAGUUAUAGCGAAAGUGCUUCAUCAGAACGAGCUCCAGAGACGCCGAGCAGCAUAUCUAAGACAAUGUCUGUGGAGCAAAUGGAUCCGACAUCGUCGCCAAGCAAAACAACGCAAGGACAGCAAGGCUACCGAGCAGCUGAGGCUUACGUGCGUCCCUUUCCAGCCGCCGUGCACGGCACAAUUGACACCUACGGCUUCGAUCUGAAGAACUGUACCUUUACACUGGAUUUAACAUCUCCCUCUUCGACACCACCCGAUUAUCCAACUGAGAUCUUCUUACCCGAAUUCCAUUUCCCGCAAGGCAGUCCUUCACGAACCACCGUCGAAACCAGUGGUGGCAAAUGGGAGAUUCGAACAAUAGAAGAUGUCGAAGGCGCGAGACAACAGGUCCUUCGGUGGUGGCAUGGCGAAGGGGAGCAGAAGCUGAAGGUGACCGGCGUAAAGCGGGCAAGGGGCAAGAUUGAAGGCGUGCGCGAUGAUGCGCCUGAGGACUCGUACCUGCAGGCUUACUGGGAAAUGGGCAAGAACUGCAGUGUGAUGUAAAAGUAUUCACGGACGUGCAUAGAACUUGAUGGGCUGUUUCUGCAUGAUGGCGUACUGAUACAUGUCGUGAAUUCGACGACGCCUUAUAUACUUUCACUAAUACAGUGGCAUUUGCCUCCAACACUCGGGCAUACUGCAACACCAGCG